AUGAAUAGAAUUUUUGGUAGAAAGAAAAAAGAUAAAGAUUCAGACGAAAAAGGAUCAACAGAGUCAGAGAAUGAUUUUUUAUCUUCAUUACCAGCCAAAGCAAAUAAACGUUAUUCUAUGGCAUAUUCAAGUCUUCAACCAGAUGGAAAUAAUUCAACAAAUUCAAAAUCAGCUGAUAAAUUUGAUGAUAAAGGUAAAGCAGUUGAUACACCAGAAUUUUUUGUAAAUACAAUUAAUUUAUUACCAAAUAUUGAAAUUUUGGCACAAUUAUGUUCAUCAUUACAGAGUAAACCAUCAGCAUGGUCAAAGUCAUUGAUAGAUUGUAAUGGUAUAGAGGCAUUAUUGAAUGUAUUAGCAUUCAUUGAAAGGAAUGGUCAAAAGGAUAGUGAUGUUAUAUUACAAUCGUUAGCGGUAACAUGUUUAUUAUCAUUGUUAAACUCAAAGUAUGGUAUAGAGAAAGCGAUAGCAACACCCAAUUCAAUGAUUAGGUUAAUCACAUCAAUGGAUACACCAAAAGCGGAUACAAGAUCGAGUGUAUUUGAAAUAUUGACAGCGAUAUGUAUGAUCUCAGAGAAAGGUUAUCAAUUGAUUCUAGAGGCAAUGACACACUUUAAACAAGUUCGUAAGGAACGUUUUAGAUUUACAUUUUUAGUGGAAUCAAUGAAGAAAGUAAUGAAUUCAUCAGAUAAGGAGUAUUUAACAACUUGUUUAACUUUGGUCAAUGGUAUUGUAAAUUCAUCAGAGGAAAUCGAUGAACGUAUUCAAUUGAGAACUGAGUUUACAAGAUUGGGAUUGGAUGAGGUAAUUAGUGUAAAUAAAAAUAUUCCCUAUGAAGAGGCUCCCGAUUUACUCACACAAAUAGAUGUUUAUGAAGAUGAACAACGUGCUGAUCAAGAGGAGUUAUCGGAACGUUUCGAGGAUUUAGAUAUUGAUAUCAAUGAUCCUCAAGUGAUCUUUAAUGAAAUCUAUAAACAGGCCAAAGACAGAUUACAUCAUCCACUAUUGGCAAUACUCCAAUCAUUGUUAUCAAUAUCUUCCGAUACUGAAGUGGGUAUGUUAAGUUGGUUCCUCAUUGAAAAGUUGGUAUUACAAAUCUCUGUCAAUAAACCAAUGAUUGGUGAUGACGAUGGUAAAGUUAGUUUAGAGGAUCUUUUGGCAAGUACUGCACCCUCUGUUGCACUUCAAUCUGAAUUUCAAAAGAAUAUAGAAGAAUUGGCAAAGGUUAAAGAUCAAUUGAAAAAAGCAAACUUUGAUUUAAACAUUGCAAAUCAAGAACUCUCCUCUAGAAGUCAUGAAUCAUCUGUACUCAAAAGUAAUAUGUUUAAUACUGUAAAACAAAAAGAUCAAGAAAUUAUUAAAUUACGUGGUCAAAUGAAAAGAAUUGAUUCAAAUUUCUUUUCACCACCUGGUGGUGAUGGUGAUGAUCAUAUAAAUGUUAUUAAUACACCUGAAGAAUCUUCACCACAUCAUGAAUCACCACGUAAACAACAACAACAAACAUCAAAACCACCUUUAAAUCCAAAAUCAUCAAAACCACCAAUUUCAUCAUCACAAUUAAAAGAAAAAUCAAAAUCAAAUUUAUCAUCUUCAUCUUCUGAUAGUUUAUCAAAUGAUUUUAAAUCACAAGUUGAAGUAGCACAACAACAACAACCACAACAACAAAAUAUAGAAUCAACAUUAACACCAGAACCAACACAAAUUAUUAAAGAAGAACCAAUUGUAACAACACCACCACCUGCACCACCAGCACCACCACCUCCACCAAUGAUGGGAGGAGGACCACCUCCACCACCACCACCUCCAAUGAUGGGAGGAGGAGGACCACCACCACCACCACCACCUCCAAUGAUGGGAGGUGGACCACCACCACCACCACCAAUGGGAGGUAAAGGCGGACCACCACCACCACCAGGUGGAGGUGGAUUUGGAUUAUUUAAUUCAAAUAAACCACCAGCAAAUGCACCAAAAUUCACAGUAUCAAAACCAACUACAAAAGUUAAACAAUUCCAAUGGACAAAAAUUCCAAAUAAGAAAUUGGGUGAAACUAUAUUUACAAAUCUUGGUACUAUAAAGACGGAUUGGUUAAAUGUUGGUGAGAUUGAAAAUUUAUUCUUUGCACCAGAAGCAAAUUCUCAAAAGAAAUUGGAAGCAUCAGAUAAGAAAUCAACAUCAUCAACUAAACCAGGUACAGUAUCAGUUAUUGAUCCAAAGAAAUCUCAAAAUUUAGCAAUCUAUCUCUCAAAGUUUAAAUGUCCACUAGAAGAGAUUAAAACUGCAUUAUACACAUUGGAUGAAGAUAUCUUUACGAUGGAAUCAUUGAAAGCAUUGGAACAAUAUUUACCAACUGAUGAAGAUAUGGAAGCGAUUAAAGAUUAUCUUAAAAAAGAUGGUGAAUUGAAAAUGUUAACCAAAGCAGAACACUUUCUAUUGGAAAUGGAUUCAGUUAGUAGUUUAGCAGAAAGAGUUAAAUCAUUCUAUUUGAAAAUUUUAUUCCCAGAUAAACUUAAAGAGAUUAAACCAGAUUUAGAGUUAUUCACAAAAACAAUUAAAGAUAUAAAAAAUAGUAAAAACUUUUUAAAGGUUAUGGAAGUGGUUUUAAUCAUUGGUAACUUUUUAAAUGGUGGUACCGCAAGAGGUGAUUGUUUUGGUUUCAAAUUGGAUGCAUUACUUAAAUUGGCCGAUACUAAAACUGCAAAUAAUAAAUCAAAUCUUUUAGUUUACAUUAUUAGUGAAUUGGAGCAAAAAUUCCCAGAUUCUCUCAAAUUUAUGGAUGAUUUAUCAGGUGUUCAAGAAUGUGUUAAAAUCUCAAUGAAUACAAUUAGUGCAGAUUUAAAUUUACUUAAAAAGGAUUUAGACGCCGUUAAUAAUGGUAUUGGUAAAAUGAAGAGAAGUAAAGAGGAGUCUUAUUUCUUCUCAACUAUGGAUGAUUUCAUAAAGGAUGCAAAUAUUGAAAUUAAGAUUGCAUUUGAUCAAUUUCAAGAAGCAGAAAAGAAUUUCCAAGAGUUGGCAGUGUUAUUUGGUGAAGAAUCUAAAAUACCCUCUGAGGAAUUCUUUGUUACAAUCAAUCGUUUCAUCGUUAUGUUUGAUAAAUGUUAUAAAGAUUUCCAAAGAGAUAAAGAAGCUGCUGAACGUGCAAUUAAAAGGGAUGAAGCAAAAGCAAAGAAAGCUCAACAAUUAAAGAGAAUGAAUGGUAAAAUAGCCUCAAGUACAAAUAAUAAAAAUCCAUUGGCUUCAAGUUCAACUUCUGUUGGUGAUGGUGGUAUGGUUGAAGAUAUCAUGCAAUCAGUUAGAGAUGGUGAUGCUUUUAAACAAAGAAGACGUCUAAAAGGUACAAAAGAAAAUACUGAUGAUUCUAGUUCCAUCACCACUAUCUCUGAACAAUCUGAAAAUUCUAAUACCUCUUCAAUCACCAUCACUACUCCAAGUGGUAUUGAAUUGGAUAUUACCCCUUCAAAAUCUGGUAGUAGAAGAGAAAAGAAAACUUCAAAAUCAUCCGAUAAAGAUAAAGAAAAGGAAAAAGAAAAAGAAAAACAAUGCGAAUCAACUGAAUCUGAAGAUAUAAAUAAAAAAGAUAUUAAUGUAGCCGCUAAAGCUUUAACAAUUGUAAUGAGAAGCAAACAAACAAUGCAUUCAAGAAUAGAUACUUUUAAUUUCGAUGCUUAA